UGAUUCGCGCAGCGUUCCAAAGUUAAAAACAGAUUCUGUUUACGUUCGUGAGCAAGUUCUUAAAGGUGCAUGCGAUAAUUAUAUAUUUUGUUCUUAUAUUUUCCUUUUUAAAACAUUUUGUGCACAAACUGUCUAUUUUUGUUUAUUAGCAAGAAGAUAAACUAUAUUACUUUUUAAUCAGAAGCGGAUAUCUUUCUUUAUUAUUUGCUGAAGUCUUGAAUACGGAGGAGAGCGGUGGGAAAAGCAAGAAAUAAUCACGGUCUCGAGUUGCAGCCUGCAGACGAGAGAAAUGGCGACUGAAGUGGAAGCAUGGACAACCGCUCUGGAACAGGAUGGGGUGUACGAGUCGGGGGAUGCGGGGAAGUUGUACGACGACGACGACGUCCUGAACGAGGCGGAGGUGAACGGGAACUGGACGCCGCAGGAGAAGGCGCUCCACGAGGCGCGUCUGAAGGCCAAGGCCAAGCGGCGCCUCCGCCGGACGUCCUCUCGCGACUCCGCCCGCGAGUCGCUGUCCGAGGCCGGCGGGGAGCCGGGGGCCGACCCCACCAGCCCCCGGGGCAAGGUCACCGCCAACGCCAACGACCGCAAGUCCAGGAUGGGGAAGGGCCGAGGCCUGCCCAAGAAGGGCGGAGCCGGUGGUAAGGGGGUGUGGGGAGCAGCAGGGAUGGUCUAUGAGAUGGAGGAGCCAGAUGCCAAAGACCCCAACUAUGACGAGUCUGCACAGGGAGAGACGGUGUACGCCACGGUGGUGCCGGAGCUCGACGAGCGCGAGUUGGAGAAGACGGUGAACCCCAUCGUGCAGGAGUACUUUGAGCACGGAGACACAAAGGAGGUUCAGAUGCUGCUAGAGGGGCUGAAUCUGGGGCACAGGAAGUUUAAUGUGUCGUCGCUGGCGGUGUCGCUGUCCUUGGAGGGCAAAGCCAGCCACCGGGAGCUGACCUCACGGCUGCUGUCAGACAUGGUGGGCAAGGUUCUGACCGAGACGGAGAUGGCGCGAGCCUUCGACAAGAUGCUCAAGGACCUGCCGGAUCUCAUCCUGGACACACCCGAGGCCCCACAGAUGCUGGGGCAGUUUAUCGCGAGGGCCAUCGCGGACCACGUCCUUCCGAUGGGGUUCCUGGACCACUACAAAGGCAAGGUGGACUGCGAUCACGCCAGGGCUGCGUUGGACCGUGCCGCGGUCCUGCUCUCCAUGAAGAAGGAGAUGGUGCGAUUGGACAACGUGUGGGGUGUGGGCGGCGGCCAGAGGCCUGUCAAACACCUCGUCAAAGAGAUGAACCUGCUGCUGAAGGAGUACCUGGUGUCCGGUGAUGUGACGGAGGCGGAGCACUGUCUGCGGGACCUGGAGGUUCCUCACUUCCACCACGAGCUGGUCUACGAGGCGGUGAUCAUGGUUCUGGAGUCCAAAGGGGAGACCGCUGUUCGCAUGAUGACGAAGCUUCUCAAGGCAUUCUGGGAAACGGGACUCAUCACACUGGACCAGAUGAACAGGGGCUUCCAGCGGGUCUACGACGAGCUCCCCGAGAUCAGCCUGGACGUCCCGCUCGCCAACACCAUCAUGGAGUCCUUCCUGGAGCUCUGCUACCAGGAGUCGGUCAUCACCAAACAGCUCCGGGACGCCUGUCCCACCAGGGGGCGCAAGCGGUUCGUGAGCGAGGGAGACGGAGGGCGGAUCAAGCACUAGAGAGGAGAAGCAACGCUGGAGUUCCCCGCCUUUCGAUUGGCUAAGCUCCGGGCUGGAGGAGGGAGGACCUCCUCCAGCCCUGCAGACACCCCUGCCCACACGCAACCCUGGUGCUCUCUUUGGGUCAGUGAGGGUGGGGAAGGAAGGGUGGGGAG